AUGGCUCUUUUAACCUCCCCUCUCAAACCCACCUCCCCAUUAUUGCCGGAUAACCAAGAAUCCGAUCAAAAAAGUGACGAUCAGAAGCUUCUGGCGGCGGAGGAGAACGGGCUCGAGCGGCUGAAGCGCCACCGUGUGGCGGUGGCGGGGCAGGUUUGGAUCCCGGAGAAAUGGGGUAAGGAAGAGCUUUUGAAGGAUUGGAUCGACGGCUCCGCAUUUGAAGCUUCUUUGUUCCCUUCUGGGAUUGUGUCGGCUCGCCGGGCUUUAGCUCGAGAAGCUAAGAGAUCGUCGCCGAAUAAUAACUCCGCCACCGCCUCCGCCGCUGCCGGAGCUUUGAGAAUAUUGAACAGUUGUUGA